AUGCUGUACGGUAUGGAAACAGUACCACUAACAAAAAAGCAGGAAGCGGAGUUGGAAGUAGCAGAAUUGAAGAUGUUGCGAUUUGCUCUUGGAGUGACGAGGAUGGAUAAAAUCAGAAAUUAUUGCAUCAGAGGAACAACACACGUACGUCGGUUUGGGGACAAAGCAAGGGAGGAUAGGCUGAGGUGGUUUGGAUAUGUCAGGAGGAGUGACGAAGGGUACGAGUAUGUGGGGAGCAAGAUGCUGGACAUGGAUCUGCCUGGCAGGAGGAAGAGAGGAAAACCAAAGAGAAGGUUUAUGGAUGCUGUGAAGAGAAACAUGGAAGUGGGCGUGACAGAGGAAGACGCAAAAGAUCGAGCGCACUGGAGAAGAGUGAUCUGCUGUGGCGACUCCUAA